AUGUUGCUUCGGAAUAACACCCUCCGCAUCAUUAACUCCAGCCGCUCAGAUGAGGGAAGCUACAUGUGCCGUGCGGAAAACCAGUUCGGUUCAGCGGAGUUGACGACCGUGCUUCUGGUGAAAGAGCCCAUGCGGGUGGAGUUGAGCCCCAUUCGGGUGGAGGUGACAGUGGGAGAGAGUGUGGUGCUCAGCUGUAAAGUCACUCAUGACCCCUCACUGGACGUGUCCUUCCUCUGGCUGCUCAACAACCAACCGCUCAACACCCAGCAGGAGGGCGGUCACUUUGAGUACAUUCAAACACAGUCCUCCACAGCAGACCUGAUGAUCAGGAGCAUCCUCCUGAAGCAUGCUGGGAAAUAUGGCUGUCGUGCUCAGACGAGUGCAGACAGUGUGCUUGAAGAAGCUGAGCUGCUGGUUAGAGGCCCUCCUGGACCUCCUGGAGUGGUGAUUGUAGAGGAGAUCACGGAUACCACGGCGACGUUGUCAUGGAGCCACGGAGUUGACAAUCACAGUCCAAUCACCACCUACAAUGUACAGGCACGAAGCCCUGUCUCUCUGGGCUGGCAAACAGUGAAAACCGUGGAGCUCAACCCCUGGGUGGAGUAUGAGUUUCGGGUGGUGGCCACGAACGGCAUAGGAACAGGUGACCCGAGCGCCUCCUCCAGAGCGGUCCGCACUAAGGAAGCAGUUCCGUCAGUAGCCCCUGCCAACGUGAGAGGGGGGAACGGCCGCAGGCAUGAGCUGGUCAUAUCCUGGGAGCCCGUCUCUGAAGAAUUCCAAAAUGGAGAAGGUUUUGGCUACAUUGUGGCGUUCCGAGCCAAUGGCACACGUGGGUGGAAAGAGAAGAUGGUGACCUCGGCAGACUCCACCACCUAUAAAUACAGAGACGAGACCUUCCCCCCUCUCACCCCGUUUGAGGUGCGGGUGGGGGUGUAUAACAACAAAGGAGACGGGCCCUUCAGCGAGGUGGUUACUGUGUUCUCUGCAGAGGGAGAGCCCAGGGAGCCUCCUUCAGAAGUGCAGGCGUUUGCCAUCUCCUCCUCUGAAAUUAAAGUGAUGUGGAAGCCGCUCAAUCCUGGCCCUGGAAGACCCCAAGGAUAUGAGGUGAGCUCCUGGAAGGACAUGGAGCAAGAGGAGAUGGGGAAGAAGAAGAGGACAAAGGGGGAUGAGACGACCAUGCUGCUGACAGGGCUGGAUGGAAACACACAGUAUCUGAUCUCUGUGAAGGGAUUCAACAGCGUCGGUCAAGGACCAGCCAGCUCACCCAUCAAGAUUAGCACUAAGAAAAAUGCCCCAAGUCUACCCCCAGGCAACCUGAUGUGGAUUCAGGAGGGGAACAAUGUUUCUCUAUCCUGGGAUCCAGUGAAAGCAAGGGACAAUGAGUCAGAAGUCAUUGGGUACAAGGUAUUAUUGCGUCAAGAGGGACGGGGCCACAGCCAAGUCAUGAGGACUUCAAACUCAGCCGUGGUCCUGACACUACCUGAGGGGGGCACAUACAUCAUUGAGGUGCGCGCAGUCAGUGAAGGAGGUGAAGGAGCCGCUAGCGCUCAGGUCAGAGUGCUCACCUCCUCAGGAGUGCGUGCGAAGAGUGGACAGCUCUCUGUCCAGAAUCUGCCUCCAGGCUUGGCAUGGACUGCUCUUUUCCUGUCAUUAAUGGUGCCUUCUUUUCCCUUGUGAGGCUACUGGGUCAUGUACUGUUCCUUUAAACCUUCCCUCUGCCUUCCUUCUGAAGACCACUCCAAGCCAUCCCUGUAUGAAAGGGAUGGGCUCUCCCUCCUCCACACAGACUGCCUGCUUGGCCUGUACCAUCAGCAGGACCUAAGGGUCAGCCACAGGGAAGCGCUUCUUUUCCAAGCAUCAAGAAAUGCCUCCAAAAUCCAGACAACUCCAUUGUUUUUCUUUUCUGGUCAUAUUUGUUUCCAGAUUUCUGUUUGGGAUAUCAUUGUAGUAUUGUGCUGUACAAAGUGUGGAGACAGUUGUUUAAAAUCUCCACAAAGCUGUAAGAGACGUUUUUUUAGGGACUGCCUUCCGGAACAGCUCUCCAAGCUGCUGAGGCCGCCCACUGCUCUGUACCGCUGUGGCUUCCCUUGUUACAUUACUGCAUCCAUUUGACCCUUUGGCUGCCUGACAAGCAAACACAGAGUAAGCUCAGUAGAAAUAAGUGCAUUGUUUUCUUAUUCACAAGUGGAGAGUGUGGAGACAACAAAGAAAAAAAAAACAUUUUUAUAGUGCUGAAAAUCUUACUAUUUCCAGACUUGCUUUUUGUACAUUGUAUUACCUUUAGAGAAACAAAAAAAUGUGGAGCAGUAGUGUGUUUUGGUCGGCUGCGUCUAAGUUUUGGAACUUCAGUUUUAAUUUUUGUUAUGUUCAGUGGGUAUUGAGAACUAGCAAGGUUGCUGGGCAACAGGGGGACUGAUGGACGAACCAGAGAUAAAGGGUUUGGACUCCACUUGUCGUGCCCAAACAUUUCUGUAGACAAAGACCAAGGCU